AUGGAUUUGAUAGAUGAAGUCGAGAUCUUACCAGCAUUGCAACGUACAAAUAAAAUAAAAAGAAGUCAAAAAACUGAUAAAAAAAGGAUCCUUGAACAUAAUGUGAUUCAUGAUCCCAGUAAUAUAAUUUAUUUUCCGACAAGAAAUGGUCACGAAAAUGCAGUUGAAAUUGGAUAUUUUUUUGAUAACCAUAACACUAUGCAGUGUGUUAGCAAUAAUCAUCGUCUUCCGUUUCUUUCCUUCAUCAAACCUUCUGUGCUUAAUUAA